AUGGCCAUACGACACGAAGUUAAGAGAGCGUCAGCAGUUGAAGUCAAUACUCAACGUGAGAUUUACCAAGAAGACAAGCAGCAGGAAGAGGAGCAAAUUCGCUGGGCCCGACGAAGGUUUGCAAGUGAAGAAGAUGAAAAUCUACCAACUACAUUAGCAUUGACACUGCCACCAAAGAUAAUGAUGAAUAAGUCAGAAAGCCGAUUUAAUGUACUAUCAAGUGGAAGAAGUCGACAUUUGUUAUUAUCUGCUAAAACAGCCACGCAAGUCGAAACUAUGUAUGAUUGCAAUGGAGCAUCGUUCGAAAGCAAUCGAAAUAUUGACUUGCUUUCAUCUGUAUCGUCAAAUGAAGCAGCUGCGGGUGCAACAAAGGCGCUGGAGCAGGGACUUAUCUCUUCACAGAUGUUUUCAACAUCAGCUUUCGUGCCAGACGAUGUACUUGUAGCAAUCAUUCAACGAGCAAAAAAGCAGCUAGAAGCCGUGUCUGAGCGUCGAGAAGAAGUGGGACGAUGGAAGAAACUUGCAAGAUCUAAGCCAAACUGUAAAGUCUACGAAUCACUUAGUAAGAUGAAAGAUCAAUUUAGUGUUAUGGUUGUCAUGAAUUUGCCGUGCACCUUGCGAGAAAUUGUGAGUGUUUUUUCAACGAGCAAUGACGCUGAAUUCCAUCGUAGUAUGGAAGCAGUUUUCGGGGAUCAGUACGUUUAUGGUGUAAACGUCCGCAGUGUGGACUGCGUAUUACGUACGGAAGAAUCAGGUGUUACCUCGCGCGUGGGUAGAGCAAGAGAUAAUUCUCGAGCCUCAGAGCUAUCAUCAAGAAUCAGUGCAGACUUGAUGACUGAUUGCAAUCCAUCACAUCAAUUUGCCAAGCUUAAUUUAAAUGCAGUCUCUCUGAUGCAGAAACAUCGCUUAGUCUGGAAACAACGCAAUUUGACAUUUCUAGAUUAUCUAGACGAAACGAUAGAGACAAAGUCUUUUACUCGCGUCAUGCAGACAUUGGAUGUACAAGAAGAAGAACUUGAUACUAGUUCUGUAACUAUGUCAUCAUCAACGUGCGCUUCAAACUGUGAAGAGCAUUACAGCCCAUUUCAGAUCCAAAAUGGUGACGACAUACGUCAGGAACUGAGAGGGAUUUUUGCCGGCUUCGCUCCACAAAGCAGCCUCAUUCGGCCGCACAACUUCUACGUGUGUUCAAAUGUACACGAUGUAGAAAAAAGCGUGGGGCUUGUAGAGAAACAUCGUGUAUGCGUGUCGUGUGUACGCCGUGUGAGCUACAGCGUCUUCAGUAUGAAUGAUUUUCCACCAAGUGUAUCGUCAAACUUCAGUGGUGACAGAUGGGCGUCGACACGAUCUCAAAAUUCGAUUGAAUUUGAUGGCUUGGACCCGCCCAUCAUUGAUUUGAUUCCAGAAGACAUAGAAAAUAUCAAACCUGUUGACACGAAUCAGACUGGAGUGCUUGCGACUUUUGCGGACUUAUUGCGUCGUAAAGAUAAGAAACAAGAGCCACGAAAGCAAGAGGUGAACACUCAAAGAAAGCAACGGCCGCAACUUACACUUGACGACUUAAACUCGUGGAUUCCAGGGUCACAUCAAGAAGGUCGCAAUACACCAAAAGAGUCCAUUUCUCUCCUUGACAGUUUUAGUACAUCUUACUCAUCUGCCAGCUCACGUACUCGUGAUUUUGCUUUCCGGCUGUCAUCAUCGCCAACGGGAGCGUCGGAAUGA